ACUUGACUCAUGCGAAUGCCUAAAUUGAAUCAGCUGAUUUUUAUAUCCGGUUCGAUAUUCAAGAUUUCUUUUCCGGUUCAUCCAGACCAGCGUUCCAGUGUUUGGAAGACUGACUGUAAAGAUGGUAGAUGAAGCUGGUGACAGGGAUGAUUCCUCUAAUGUUGCCAUCAUCAAGGAAGUAUACGAUAAUGAAAAUGCACAUGAAACAUUUGAAUAUGAAUUAGAAAGAGCAUUAGAAUCUGAAUGCAGUUUAAUUGUUAUUGAACCAUCAAAAUUAGGUGAUGAAACCUCUAGAUGGAUAGCAGUAGGAAAUUGUCUUCAUAAGACUGCAACAUUGUGUGGUCUUGCUGCCAUAACUACAGGUUUGAUUUGGGGUGAUCAGCCCUAUAUUUGUGGUCCAUUAGGUUUUAUAUCAGUAAUAUCUUGUGGACUUUAUACCGUUUCUUGGCAAUUUGAUCCUUGUUGCCAAUAUCAAGUAGAGACUGACACAAGCAAGCUACCACAUGUAGAAUUGUUAGCUGUUUUAGGACCAUCAUCUCCAACAUUUCUUGUAAGGAAAGAUGAUACAAGAAGAAGAAUUCUACAUACAACUAUCACAUUGGUAGCUCUCAGCAUCAGUGCCUGGAGAGUUUAUCAAGCAUUUAAGUGAAAUGUUUUUCAGUCAAGAAAGUAAGAAUCUGAGUUGUAAAAAAAGAGUAAGGUAGGCCAUACGAUACAUUGAAAUGAUCGUAACAAGGCCUAGCAUAAAAAUCGGUGAAUUAUAAUUUUAUGUAUAUUAGUGGGGAUUGUUGAGUCACACAAGCCUAUUUUUGUUUAAUGUUUAUAUUUCUUUUAUGUUUUGACACUACCUCACAGGUGAAUGCUGAUUUUACAAUAAAAGGAAAAAUAUAAAAAAAAAAUUAAAAAAAGUUUGUUCUAAGAACAUUUUCAAUCUAAAACAUGUUUCUUAUGACUCUACAUUGUUACUCUAUGAUCUCCAUCUUGUUAAUUAUAUCACAGUUAAUACUAAAAAUGCAAAAAAGACAUGGUCAUUUUCACACAUCACCUAAGUGAUACAAAUACUGACAUAAGUGUUCUUAGAUUUAUGCAAAAUUACUACCAUACACCUGGAAAGUUGGAUUUAGAGAGAACUAUAUAUUUUUAGAUUGUAAAUAAAGUAGAUAGAAUACACUGCAUAUGAUGUAUUAAAGAGAA